AUGGUAAUUUCCAUGCCUAAAGAGGAGUUUCCUGCUCAGGCGUUCCGGGGCUGCGCCGCGCAGCCGCCGGGACGCUGCAGCGCACCCUCCCUCCCCCUUCCCCUCGCCUCUCCCCCGCCCAGCCGGAGGCCCUCGCCGGGGGCUGCGCGCGGCUCCGGGCGGCGAAGCGCCGCUUUGCUGUGGGUCGCGGCUCUCCGUGGAGCUCUCAAAGGCCGCUGGAGCACAGACCGACCAUCAGCGCUCCCUCACUGCUGGUUACUGUUCGUUUUCGUUAACAGGGACUGGGUUGCUCUUCAUACAAGCCUCCAAAAUAGAUCCUUCUGUUGUGACUGCGAACUGCUCUUACCAAGUAGCUCACGGGCCCUGACUGGAGAGAUGAGACAACACGGAGAAGAGAUUUGGAGACACAAAGAAGAGAGAGCUGUAGGCAGAGACUUUGUGGUGAAGAGCCUCACCAGUAACCUGGGAUAUCCAAGUGCAUCCUCCCUGCCAGGGAGACUGGGAGUACAUCCAGACAUGAAGAAUUUCUGGGAGGGCCCCAGAGAGGAAAGAAGGCUACAGCUUUGCAGGCUUUGGACUAUCCAAGCUCAGAUGUGGAUUAGGCAGAGAUUGCAGAGCACUGGGGAGACUGUUUGGGAUAAAGAGCAGAAAGCUCCACGCUCCCGAGGGAACGCUUUGGGCACCAGCUUCUUCUGA